CGUAACGUUGCUGCGGCUACACGCGCAAGCCGCGCCAUGAAUCGUCCAGUGAUCACGUUUUUCGCGCUCGCCGCCCUAUUGCUCGUCGUUGCUGCCGACCCGCCGCGCCCACGGCUCAUAGACUUCAACCCCUUUGCAUGGCUACCAACAAACCGUAACGGAUCCCCAUCCAUCAUGGACUAUUUCUUUCCACCAUCCCGUACCCCUAAACAAUCCAGCAUUGAUCCGCCCGCCGACCGAACUCCGCCUCAAACCCAAACCACCCUGGAUAAUACACCCGCUCCAACGACCACUGAGGAGCGUUCUACAACACUUGCGAGAAAAGUUUCCACGAAAACUAAAUCUACUAUUGCCGCGACGGCGACUGUACCGCCCAAAGCGAAAAAACCUUCCCGUAAACCUACUACGGUUGAUACGACAAUAGAAACGAAAACUCCACAAACGACUAGAGUACAGACUCCAGCGCCGACCACAAAAGCAACAACUGUGCCUGCAAUGAAACCUACCAAACAUUACACGAUACGGCCAAUUUUGCGCACAACGGAGACACCGACAAUUCAAGAUACAGAGACGACCAACAGUGAUAGUACAGAGACUGUAUCCACGUACGAAACUGUGGGAACUAUGACGAUAGAUACCAAGGAAACUGUGCCUACGUUGAGUACGGCUGAAGCCUCAAAGUCAACGGACGCGGGUACUGCCAGUACUGUGCCCGUGGAGUCCACUACGCUAACGGACAGCACAGUGGCGGAUCCAGCCGACAGCCGCGAGGGUUACCUGCCACUACGCGACAAGCCACAGCAGACUCAUGUCAAAAUCAACGAACAGACCAAGAAAGAGACGGUGCCAUUACCAGCAGGAUCUACAUCCGUAUUGGCUAAACCCACAAAGUACCACUACUAUCCCCACAAUCAACAUAUCUAUUUGCUACCAGAGUGUGCUAUACAACAGGUGUGCAACGCAGUGUACGUGCGUUUGAACUAUACGCAACCAUUGUGCGCGUGCCCAGCUCGCUACCGCGACCCGUGCUCUGCAAGCCUCAACGCCGACGACCUGCAUACCACGCGGCUCACCACAGAUUCCAAAAAGAAGUAUGCUCACAAAGCAGUGACUCUUGUGAAGACUUGCGAAGCAGUAUCUGAGAUGCGCGAAUGCCGAUCUCCUCGCGAUUGGUCAUUACUUGCGUUGCAAAAUAUAAGGACUGGCAAGUCGCACUACCUGGUCAUCUGCAGGUGUCCAGAGAAUCAUAUACUCGAAGGGCCAAUGUCUCAUGAUCAGCCCACUUAUGCAUCAGUACCUGGUAUUAGAGUGUACGGGAUGGUUUGCGUACGUCCUACGACUCCUUACAAUGCUGGAUUCAACACAAACAAAUUCACAAGCGGCAUCCAAAGUUCGACCAGCGCGUAUAAAGUGGACUAUUCUCAACCGCACUCCUAUCCCGAGAAGCCUGUAUACAAUCGAUUCCACAGCUACCCUGAACCCAAUUACUACAAUAGAAGGUCUAGAGUCGCACGGUUCAGAAGAUCGAUAUCAGAAUACCCUCCCUUUCCAUGGUACAAAGUGAAAGAGUUAGCGAAAUCUUUACAUUGGAUUUAGACAUAUUACUGUUAGAAUUUGUGAAGUAUGUUGGGUUCAUUAAGGCUUUAUUUGUAAUCAUCUAAAAUCCGCCUUAUUGAAUCCAACGCACACUUCAUCUGAUUAUAGGUUAGGGCGUGUAACGCAAGGUACAUUAUGGUGUAGUUGAAGUGCCUAAAUAGAGUCCAGUGACUAUUCGAAUUUAUUAACAUUCCAGAUAACUAUAUGUGAGCGUUGAAAUUAAUUUAUUGUUAUAAGCUUUAUAUUAUUAUACACCAGUUAGUGCCUAACACAGACUAGUGUUUAAAAAUGCUUUAGUUCGGUUAUAUAAUGAAUGUACUGAACAUUUCUGUUACUUUAUAAGCUAAAUUCCCAUUUAGUUUUAUUCAAGUUCUUACUAAUUAACUCAGGGUAUAACUGACUAGUAUGUUUCAUGGCAAGGAUUAUCUAGCUUCUUAAUAUACGAGAACGCAAAAAUUAUUGAAACGAAUUGGCAUCCGUAGAAUAACGGAUCUAUAUUAAAUUAUAAUAUACCUAAAA